CCUACCCCCACGAGCUUCUCCGAACAAAGACACCCCUUUCAAACGGACACAGGGAGGGGAGAAAAGUGUUCAAGAAGUAAACAGAAAUUUCACUUCAAGAAACAACAUGAUGUCGCAUGCAAGAACAUUCAUUUGGAGAGAUCUGAACGAUGACAUUGCUCUACGUGCAUGGAAUGCUCAGGUUGGGCGCCAAUGAAAGUUGAAACAAGAAGGAACUAAAUAACAAAACACUACCAUUUGGAUUUCACAUCGUCUGCUAGCUCUUGGGAGGAUUAAGGCUUUACACUUCAAAGACAGAAAUCACCUGAUUUGCACAAUCAAGCAAGUGCGUCAUGAGAAAGAUGAGACGAGGUAUGAUGACGAAGCGCCAAUGGCUUUUCAUCUUGGUCAUCGUCAACGGCGUCUUCCUCUACCUGAACUUCAAGGUCCUCACUAUCGACGAUAUCAGACAAUUCUCAGAGGAGCUUAGUUCGAACCUAAGAAAGAUUCGGCUUCUGGAACACACAUACGCCGAACAGUGGUCCUCCAUAGCUAAUGACAAAGUCGUAGAAGAAAGAGGAGGAGAAGGGAAAGAGUUCGUCUGGGAGAAAGUUGAGAAUCUCCACUUAGCGUUGCCCGCGUAUGAGAAGAUGAGACACACCUUAUCUCGACUUCAAGAUUUCCAGUUUCUGUUCUCCAAAAGGGUAAACCAGAUACGGAUCUCUCAAGAGAUGUUGACUUACAAGUCAGUCCUGUGGAGAGGUGACGUUGAGCGGCUGCAGGAUAUCUUCGUGGAUGUUCUUCAGACUAACCGUAGCAUCAAGGUAGGACUAAUUGGUGGCUCACUGUCAGCCUCGGGCCAGACCAUAUGCCCUGACAGGGCUUGUCUUUUUAUUGAUCACGUCAGGAAAUGGCUUGAGAAGGUCCUGCAGACGGACGUCACGUUACACAAUGCUGCGAUCUCCUUCGCAAACAGUGAUUACUUUGCUUGGUGUACGGAACCACACCUGGAUGUGGAUGACAUGGAUAUUGUCAUAUGGGAAUUGGCGACGGAUGACUACGUCAUGCGAGCUCACAAUGACAAACUUCGUUACGACCAUGCCGCCCAACCUCAAGAACUUCUCACACGCCAUCUGAAGGAGCUACCUACGAAGCCUUUCUUGAUGUACGUCAAUUUUAUGUCACCUGAGAACAUCCGCAACCGGGAUUGCGUCAAUUCGGAGUAUUACGCGGGAAGACAUCUCAGCAGACACUACAACGUCACAUCGGUAAGCUGGUGUGCAGCUGUCUGUUCGAGUCUCUGGCAACUUGGGUUUACACCAGAUGAACUCAUUCACUCAGGAGAUUUACUAAGUGAGAGGGCCCACGAACAGGCUGGAUUAUUUGUCAUUAACUUCAUGAAAAGUAUCCUAAAAUCUGUGACUUUUCAUCACAUGAAUCUGACCAGAACAAAUGGAUUAUACCUUCAGAAAUUGGUGAAAUUGCAUGACGUUUUUAUGGCCAACUCAAAAGAAGUUCAUAAGCGUGAGACACGCCAGCUGCAGCAGCCUGUUUUUAAUGCGAUUUGGAACAGAGAUACAAAAAGAGACGUUUUGAAUAGCUCUGGUGAUAUUACAAGCAAAACAGACUUAUCAAAACCUACCAAAUCUGUUCAAAAACCAGCGAAGAAUGUCCUGCACGUGAACACAUCGGGUAGGCAUUUUACGAAACCUGAACGGCGUCUUAACCAAAGAUCUCGAUUUCCUGCAAAGUGGAUCCACAACUCGCAGUGUUGGCCGCUCUCCAAACCUCAGUUCAUCCCUGACCGCACAUUGGCUCUCUCAAGAAACGACGGGUGGGAUGAAGGUAUCUCCGAUAAGGAAAACUGGUAUACCAGCAUGAGCUCCCAGAAGAUCAUAGAGUUCUCUUUCGAGAUGGCGCUCCCUCUGCCAAACCGAACGUGUAUUCUUGCCUUGGCAGUGAUGGCUUGUGACUAUUGCGGUCAGGCCCUUGCUUGGUUGGACAACCACUUUGAUGAUGCUGUCCUGGUUGGAGGAAAAUACGGAGGCCAUGCUUUUCGGGUCAUCGAGGUCAUGACAGGCGUCCCUCCUGGAAGACAUACGUUCAAUCUGAAGAGUUUGGAAGACAUGCCUUUCAAACUCUCUGCAGUCAUGGUCGGUCAUAAAGACAAUGCAAAGUUUUAGCGAGCAAAAUUAAUUGUUUUAUUUAUCUAUCUAUCUAUCCCAAGACUUUGAGGUGCAAUUUAAAUAAAUAUUGUGGUUGACUUUGUUGUCUGCGAGCAACUAAUCAUAGCCGUCCGUCCUUUUCGAUACGAUGAACAUCUAAUAAUCUGUUAUAAAAUUCGAUCCCUUUGUUUUAUUUAACACCUCAAGAGUACAUCUCAUAUCGAGUAGAAUGAGUUGAUUUGGUUAAGUGUCCUUUUAAAAGUAUAAUCCAUUGGAAAUAAAUCCAUUUAAAUACUCAUCUAGAUCAUUCGGUAUCAAAUAAGAUGAUAAUGAUUGAGUCAGUCAAUGUACAUGUAAACAUCUAGUCCUCAGUUAUCUCUAUCCAGAUCAUCUAUCCCACUCCUUGCCAUAAAAUGCCUUCGCGAAACAAAUUCCAAAACGAGAACAUAAAAAACAAAGGAAAAAAAAAUCCCAGGGGCUGAUCAGGGAUACGAUCAUCUAGUCAUCUCAGAUCGAUGACUAGGAUUUCAAAGCUUCAAAACUGUCGGGAUCGUUAAGUGCUUUUGUCCCCUCGAAUUUGACAGAAGUUGUCAGAAAAUGUUUUUGUCGGAAAUCCCUCUGCACAGGGGUGACCUAUGGCCAGAUGUAGAUUGGAACAGGGAGAGAUGAAGACGAAUAUUAGCAUUUGGCGAACUACCAGUGCACAUGCAUAAAUACACGGGAUUUUAUCGUACGAGUGUUAUGUACUUUCAUGUAUCAUAUUUUUAAUUUCAUUAUUUUCAUUUGCUGAAUAGCACAGUAACAUAAACCAUGCAAAGGUGGUACAAUUCAAUUUGAGUUCGUAAAGAAUUUGAUUAACUGGUUACUGUGGGUGCGUCGUGGUCUAGUGGUUCUGACUAUCGCCAUUCAAACAGAGGGUCGUGGGUUUGAAUCCUAGCCGUGACGUGUUUUCCUUCCGCAAGAAAGUUAUCCACACUGUGCUGCACUCAACCCAGGUGAGGUAAAUGGGUAACGGCAGGAAAUAAUUCCAGCCGGGUAAUGAU